UGUUUUACAGUUUGUUCAGAGCGAAACUUGUCGUAAAGUUGUGAUUGUCUUUGGUUUUCCUGCGAUGAAUGUGGAGUGUUGACUCUCUAAUAUUGUAAUAACAUAAGUGUUGCUCAUUCUUAACUAUUCGCACAUCAUCAUGUCAAGCUUUUUGAGUCGCUAUGGCAGGCCAAUGCUGUACGGUAUCGUGGCUGCGUCUGGUGCGCUCUAUUUGUGGUAUCAAUUCUCCAGGAAAAAACAAACUAAUGUCGACGAGUUGAUAGGAUUGGAGCGCAGAAGAAGAGUCGAGAAACUGGUCGAAUUACGAGACAAAUUGGAACAACUUCUUGGUUCUUUAGAUAACUUUGAACCUGAAACUCCUGAUACUGAAGAUGAUGAGGUAGGGCUGUGGUUUUAUGCAGCUAUUUUGAGAAUGUUUGUUGUACAAAAGAGUAAUUUUAACCAUUAUACAAGACCCAAGGGUGGUGGUGCAGUGGCCUUGUGCCGAGGAUAA